AUGGACUUUGUCUUGUUCGUCACCCUCGCAGCCCUGAUCACCUCGUCAGCCACGGCCGGACCAGUAUUAUCGGCACGACAGCAUGAGCCCCAGGGUCGGAUCGGUAGCGUUCUUGGUAAGGCCUACAGCGUCGAUUUCGACCGCUGGCCGUACGGGCGGUACUCGUCUGAGGCCGCUUCGGCAGACUUCGGCGACGUUUCCGGGUGGGACGCGGACAGGACCAUCAUCAGCGGCGGACGAUUAAGGGGGGAGCUUGAGCCGGGAAAGAUCGGCGGCGCUGGUGGCACAUUGGCGCGUAUUAACGUCGUCAGAGGCACCGAGUACGAGAUGCAGUACACGGUCAACUUCCACAGCCAAUUUCAGUGGAGCCGUGGCGGAAAACUAGGCUGGGGGUUUGGAAUUGGUGAUGGUGCGGGUGGUUGUACCAAAGCGGACGGCGACGGGGCCAGUCUGCGGCUCAUGUGGUACACAGACGACAAUGCAAGGACAUACUUCAGGCCCUAUCUGUACUAUGCGGCGAUGCCAGGCCGCUGCGGCGACUCUUUUGGCCUGCGCUAUCCUCCGAUGGAAGAAAGUCUGAAGGUAUCCACUAACUACGUCAUCUACAUGUAUGUGAGAAGCAAUACCGGCCAAAACAAAGACGGUUGGGCGGUAAUCAAGGUCAAUGGAGUCACUCUGCUAGACACUCCGGUCCAGUGGACAGACAACAAUGCAAAGAGGUCGAUAACAAACCUCGUGUUCCACAACUUCCGCGGAGGCAGUCAGGAUUACUGGGCUUCGGACCGAGUUGGCUAUAUUUACUAUGACAACUUCUCCGUUAAGAGGUUCGGCUGA